UGAGCUCAAGCUAACCCAGCCAAUCUGUGCCGCCUGAGCCUGUAUCGUGAUUGCACGCAUAACUUGGAUUCAUGCGUGCAGCCGCGCUAGCGCUCAUGAAGUGUGCGUGAAGACAAAGGCCUACAGAGCAUUUUGACAGCUGAGAGCCCAGACGCCAGCCUGAGAGCAGGCCGUGCCACGCGUAGAAAUCGUCCACGAUGGGACGGCAAACGUGCCAGUUUGGCAUCUUGCUGCUUGUAUGUACCGAUGCCACAGACCCGGUCCGCACGCUACUGGCGCACGCGCGCGCCGCGCCGACGUGGAUCACGUCGAUAGCUGACACCUACGCACUGGAGCGCCGCGUCGACGCCGUCGAAGCGAUGGAAUGGCCGCGCGACGCCGACCUGCUCUGCGGCCGGUGGGAGCUGCUGGCGACGACGCAGGCGCGGGGCGCCGGCCUGCUCCGAGCGAUGCGGCGGGACCCGACGCUGGGCCGCGUGGACGUCUACCAGGACAUCCGACGCGAAAACAGCGAACUGCGCCUCGACAACGUGAUAACGAUACGUCGCGACGACGAUGGGUGGCGGUCGGCCUGGACGCUGCUCGCGCCCAAUACCCGAAGCUCGCUCGUCCUGAGGCACACCGCGACACUUGAAGGAAUGCGUAUUCUCGCGGCGCUCGACGGCGUCGAGGUCGACGGCACGCGCGUCGGCGAAGCGCCCCAGACGAUCGCGGCGCUGCCGCUCCCCGGCAUAACCGGUGAGGCGGGCGUCUUCGACAACACAUACGUCGACGGCGCUUUGAGGAUAGCGCGCUCCUCCGGGGACGUACUACGCGUCUUCGAGCGCGUAUCGUAGCGUGUUCCGAUCACCUCGGCGGCGAGCCCGCGGUCGGUCGCAUCGAUGGCGAGCCCGCGGCUGGUGCGCGGCGCCUGGCUUCUGCGCCACCUGCACGCCAUCGACGAGGCGGGUAGAGUAGCAUGUGUGUU